AUGUCCACUUCACUCUGCGAACAUACUCUGUUUAUGAGACAUCUCUGGUAUUCAGGUGAUUACUCUGACCUCAAAGUUUACUGCGGGGAAGAAAUCCAUCGGGUACAUCGCGCGAUCAUCUGUCCUCAGUCCAAGGUUUUUGCGGCGAUGUGUCGUGGUGCAUUCAAAGUUCGUAUUUCCAAUUUAUCUUUCGAGGCCCAAACAGGCGAGAUUAAGAUGCCUGACGACCAUCCAAAUGCUGUCAAGGUUAUGCUGGCGUAUUUCUACGAGAAAGACUAUCGACUGGCGCGAGAUAAUGGUCGUGACAUCAGCGAAAGCGAUCCGGAUCCGCUUCUAGAUGCUCGCGUAUAUUCGGUUGCAAAAAAGUACGACGUCGGACCGCUUGAGAAAUUGGCGAAAGAGGAAUUUGGAGCUUGA